AGGGCAGCAGCAGCUCUGUCGUACAGGUGGCCUGUUCCAGCGGCUCUUUGCUUUAUGUGUGGUGUUCUCUCAUCACUAUCGAACCCGAGUCUCACAUGCAGCAACGAGUGGUGGUGUUCAGUCCACUGUUCGUCAUGCGGAGCCACUUGCCAGACUCACUAAUCGUCAAUAUAGAAAAAAGGAGUCUAGGACUGAGGGAAAGCCAGCUCAUACAGGGACAGGGCCACCAGGAGCCCCUUUUAAAUACCGAGGCUGACCUCACACAUCACCUCACUUUUCAGGCCAGGGAGGAUGAAGAUGCAUCGCACUGUGCUGUUCCCAUCUCCACCAGUCUAAUCAAGCAAAUCAUGAAUAAGACGGGUAAUGAGGACAACCCAGAGCAGAUCCUGGCUGAUUUCUACAGUCCAAAGACCACCGCUGAGCCACCAUGGCCUUAUAUCACCAGAGAUGCUGACAGGUCAGGGCUGGAGUCUCUUGCCCAGUGGGACAGUCCUAUGCAGGUGAAGCUGUCCCGCUGGAAGUCUGGUCUGAACACGCUGCUGGUGGAGCUCCUGCCCUGGGCUCUCCUGACCAACAACUCUCAGUGGGACCUCUGGCUUUUCGAAGGAGAAAAAAUCAUUCUGCAAAUACCAGCUGGCAAAGUCGUUGUGCCGCCCAACUUCAAGGAAGCCUUCCAGAUUGGUAUCUACUGGGCCCACACCAACACUGUCCACAAGUCCGCUGCACUGAAACUAGUCCAUGACCUGACCUCUCCUCGAUGGAAGGAGGGCUCAAACGCAGUGGUGGUCACUCUGGAUGAGGAGGGACACGUGGAGGUGGACGUUACUUUGGGAGCCUUCCCUGGAAAACAGAAGCUGUGCCAGUUUUGUGUGUCCUCCAUGGUGAGACACGGCGUCCAGAUCCUACAGAUCGAGGACAGAACUCUUGUAGUGAACAACACUCGUUACAGCGUCCACUGCAGGCCUCUGCUGACGGACCGAGCUCUGGGGGGCGAUGAGCAGGCUUGUGAAAUACCUGAGAGCACUGUGUUCACCUUCCCUCCUUCCGAUGAGCUGUCUCCAGCCAAGCCAUGCGCCGUGCCAUACUGGGACCUCCUCCAAGCUGGUGUCCAGGAGAAGGUGGAGUUCCCAUUGCCACUAAAACACAUGCUUCUCAGCUUAAGGCCUGAUGCUGGAGUUGGAAGUGCGGCGUGGAGCCUCCCCACUCCGGUGCGACCAGACUUCCCCAGGCAGAGCGUGUCCAUCCCCAAGGAUCAGGACUCAGGGGGUGAACUGAGCAGCAGAGCUGUAGUGCUGACGUAUCAGGAGCACCUUGGAGUGACAUACAUUAUCUUUAAUGAGGACCCCUGUCCACGCAUGCUGAUCCACAACAAGUGUCCUAUCCCCCUGCUCCUCAAGGAGACUGUAAAAGAGACUCCAAGGACUGCCGUGUACUGUCGUCCUCUGCCUGCUAACUGUUCGCUGCACCAUGAGCUCUACUACCACUCCUCCACUUUCCCUGAGUGCAGGCAGAAAGAGGUUCUGCCAACCCUGCAGCUGAAAACCACUUCAGACCACAGCUCCACCGACUGGACGAACCCCAUAGACAUCAACUGCCCCGGCACUCAGGUGGUGUUCGUGCCUGGCUUUGGCUGCAUGUACGUAGACGUGUCUUGUGAGAGAGGCACCCUGGUUCUGUCUUUGGCACCAGAAGGCAGCGUGGACACUGUCCUCAACCAACAGAGCAGGUCCUCCAAGCUGUCUUUUAAAAUCCUCCUGAGCCAGGCCAGUGUGAUGUUAAGUGAUGACAUCACGAGUCCCACUGGGCCCGUGGAGCUGCUGAGACUCACGUUAACAAAGCUGCUGCUCAGCCUCGGUCCUGCACCCAGUCCCCUCCCCCCGGAGCUGGCAGCUGAUUCUGCCAUGGCCGCUUCUGUCUCCGCUCUGGUGUGUGACUCGUCUCUGGUCGAGGUGUACGCCUCCAGUCUUCAGGUGGACAACCAGUUGUACAACCGGGCGAGUUUCCACUUUCCCGUCCUGCUGUGCCAAGAUCAGAGAGGGGGAACUGAGCCUGGAGCUCUGUGGAGCAGGGACGCCAAUCCCACCGAGUCCCCUGAGACGUUGGAAGAGUUCAAGAAGUCGUGUUUUCUGCAGCUGAAGAUGGUGCUCGCUGCAGACGGAUGCACUGUGGAGGAGGUGAUCUUCCAGCUCCAGCCUGCCAGAGUCUACCUGGAGGACACGUUUGUUUACUACAUCAAGACGCUGUUCGACUCGUACAUCCCCAGCAGGUCUGUGGAGUCGCAGAGGGGCAGAGAGCCUGGAGCAAGUCCAGUCCUCCCUGAACAGGUGCUGCAGUCCGUGCAGGCGUUGGUCCAGCCUGUGCGUCUGCAGAAGCUGGUCAUUCAGCCAGUCAACCUGCUGGUCAGCAUCCACGCCUCCCUGAAGCUGUACAUCGCCUCAGACCACACGCCUCUGUCCUUCUCUGUGUUUGAGAGGGGGCCGCUCUGCACCACAGCCCGACAGCUGGUCCAUGCCCUGGCCAUGCACUACGCUGCCGGAGCCCUUUUUAGAGCAGGUUGGGUGGUGGGAUCCCUGGAGAUCCUCGGCAGUCCUGCCAGCCUGGUCCGCAGCAUCGGAAACGGUGUGUCCGACUUCUUCCGCCUGCCGUAUGAGGGUCUGACCCGGGGGCCCGGGGCCUUUGUCAGCGGAGUGUCCAGAGGAACCACCUCCUUUGUCAGACACAUUUCAAAAGGCACCCUGACCUCCAUCACUAACUUAGCCACGAGUCUGGCGAGGAACAUGGACCGUCUGUCUCUGGAUGAAGAGCACUACACCCGGCAGGAGGAGUGGAGACGGCAGCUACCAGAGAGCCUCGGGGACGGACUGAGACAGGGAUUGUCCCGACUUGGCAUCAGCUUGUUAGGAGCAAUAGCAGGCAUUGUGGACCAACCCAUGCAAAAUUUCCAAAGGAACUGGGAAACCCAGAGCUCAGCUGGAAGCAAAGCCAAGGGGGUGAUCUCUGGAGUAGGGAAAGGCAUUGUGGGGGUUUUCACCAAGCCCAUUGGGGGAGCAGCUGAACUGGUGUCCCAGACUGGAUAUGGGAUCCUCCAUGGAGCCGGCCUGUGGCAGCUUCCUAAGCAGCUCUACUUACCUGCAGAAGAAACUUCAGCUCAUGCCUCCAACAGCCACCUGAAAUACGUCUGGAAGAUGCUGCAGUCUCUUGGGCGACCGGAGCUCCACAUGGCCCUGGAGGUGACUAUAGUGAGCGGGUCGGGUCAGGAGCACGCUGGCUGCCUGCUGCUCACCUCUGAGGUGCUGUUUGUUGUCAGCCUCAGUGAGGACACCCAGCAGCAGGCCUUUCCCAUCACUGAGGUGGAGUGUCGGCAGGAGGCGGAGCAGGAGGGCCAGCUCACGCUCACCUUACAGCAGCAGACCGUGAACAGUGACUCGGAGGGUGACGGUGUCCGUGAGCGCCUGUCGGAGCAGCAGUACCAGCGGCUGCUGGAUUACGUGAUGCGAGCCUCCCAGUUCCUCUCCCCGUCCACCGCCUCUCUCCAGCUGCAGCACCAAAUAAGUCUCGCAGAGCCGCCUCCUUCUGCCACAAAGUGCUACCACUACCUGGUGGAUCCUGCCGCUGCCAAGGUGUUUGUCAGCAAGUUCACCAUGGUGAAGAACAAGGCCUUACGCAUCGGCUUUCACUGA